UCCGAGUCGUUUCAGUUCAGGUUCCGACCUGCGACUCAACGAUCCAGUCAUUUCAAGUCAUUCCAAUUCGAUUCCGACCUACGAUUUGACGACCCCGUCGUCCCGAAUCGUCCCAGCACCGUUUCCGACCCGCGACCCCUCGAUCCAGUCAUGCCGAGUCGCUCGGACCUGUGGUUUCCCUGUCCAAACACACGAGGACGCCCUCCGUCCCCGAAACUCUAAAAACCAAGGCGGCAAAUCUCCGCCUGGGGGGGGGAAGUGAUAGGGGAAUCACCACAAAAGUCAACAGGGAUGUGGACCAUGACGCCAGCCAUCCCAUGAUGGGACAGCAGAAAAGACCCCCCUCAGGGAGUAAUGGCGAACGCGACACGCCACGACGCCCUCCGCGCGCAGGCCGCACCCUGUCCGAGUGAGUGGGCAUUAAUGUCGACUCGACGCCUCCAACGUCACCCCCUCAGCCAGCGACUCCCUCAUCCACACCCAGCGCGUUCACCCAAACGCAGAGGGCGACGAUCGAUGCCCCCCAUGCCCUGCGACCGGAUGAUCCACACGCCACCCUAAUGGCAACAUCAAAUCUAGUCAGAGGCACGACCCCGCUCUGACAAGCAGGAACAUCAGGUAACAUCAGACCAAAACUAUAAAAGAGUCCAAGGCCCAAAAGGAUGGGAGGAGGAAAAAACCCCCUUCUCGCCCACUAACAAGACCGUCGGAGGGGUCGGGCCCAGAGGACGGCCCGACCUUUGUGCAGGUACACGGCGACCACGUUACCAGGGGACUGCAACUGGCUACCUCGGAGGAUCACCCGCGGAUCGGCCGGCUGUAAUCACUCACCCCGAAGACACCAGAAGGCUCUACCCGCGAUCUUCGGCAUCCGGACCCCUGAACUAAGCCGUAACGUCCCGAGGUCACGGCUUAAACAGCCAGCCCUGGCGACGAACCCGAGCGCUGCAUGCGGCGAAGUCUUACCCCCCAUGUCUGUCGCCUCCAUUCGCCAGCCCCAGUGGACUUCGCACCGCCGCCUCCUCGAGCAGAAGGUCGCCGAGCUCCACCGGUGCUCCGAUCACCACCACCUGCGGCAAAUCCAAGCUCAAAUCCUCAAGGCUGACCUCCACCGGGACCCCUUUGUCGCUCCCAAGCUCAUUUCUGCUUACUCCCUCUGCCGCCAGAUCCUCCCCGCCGUCGCUGUCUUCCGCCAGGUCCCUCAUCCCAACACCCAUCUCUUCAACGUCCUCAUCCGCGCUUUCGCCGACAACUCUCAGUCCUCCCGGGCCUUCACCACCUUUGCCCAGAUGCAGAAAUGCGACGCGUUUCCCGAUAAGUUCACGUACUCGUUCCUACUCCGGGCCUGCUCUGGUCCUUCCGCCUUCGCCCGCGUCCAGAUGAUCCACUCCCAUGUCCUAAAGCUAGGAUUUUUAUCGGAUAUCUUCGUCCCUAAUGCGCUCAUCGAUUCAUAUGCCAAGGCUGCCGUUGCCGCCAUCGCCGACGCUAAGAAGGUCUUUGAUGGAAUGCCACAGAGAGAUGUUGUGUCGUGGAAUUCAAUCCUCGCUGGCUUGCUGAGAGCUGGAGAGCUGAAGGAGGCACGUCAGCUUUUCGAUGAUAUGCCUGAGAGGGACAUUAUCAGUUGGAACACUUUGCUGGAUGGGCUUGCUAAGGCUGGCGAGAUGGAUCAUGUUUUCAACUUGUUUAAUAGAAUGCCGGAGAGAAAUGUUGUGUCGUGGUCGACGGUGGUGUCAGGAUAUUGCAAGGCAGGAGACUUGGACAUGGCGAGGAUGCUGUUUGAUAGGAUGCCAGUCAAGAACUUGGUCACUUGGACAAUAAUGAUAUCUGGUUAUGCUGAAAAGGGACUGUCGAAAGAGGCUUCUGUUUUGAUUGAUCAGAUGGAAGAAGCAAGAUUGGAGCCUGAUGUUGCUGCAACCGUGAGUAUAUUGUCUGCUUGCGCUGAGUCCAGCUUGCUAGGUAUCGGUCAACGGAUCCAUUCCUAUGUAAAAAGAAGCAAAUUGAGAUUUGCCACCCAUGUGUGCAAUGCGCUGAUCGAUAUGUACUCGAAAUGUGGGUGUCUUGACAAGGCAUGGAAUGUCUUUAAAGGAAUGGUCGAGCGAGAUACGGUUUCCUGGAAUUCUAUAAUUCAAGGGUUAGCCAUGCAUGGGCAUGGAGAGAUGGCUCUUGCUCUCUUUGUUCGGAUGAGGAGAGAAGGCAUCAUGCCUGAUGGUGUGACAUUUAUCGGUGUUCUAUGUGCUUGUACACACAUGGGACUCGUCGAAGAGGCUCGUUGUCACUUUUACAGUAUGGAAAGAGACUAUGGCAUUGUCCCUGAGAUAGAGCACUAUGGUUGUUUGAUCGAUAUCUUAGGACGUGGAGGACUUCUAAAGGAGGCAUUUGACCUUGCAAAGGCCAUGCCUUUAGAGCCCAAUGCAAUCAUAUGGGGCAGCCUUUUAGGUGCAUGCAGAGUGCAUAACAAUGUAGAUCUUGCUGAAGAGGUAGUCGAUCAGUUGACAAAAUUGGAAAUUUCAGAUGCUGGGAAUUAUGCCAUUUUGUCAAAUAUUUAUGCAGCUGCCAGGCAUUGGGAAGGUGUGGCAAAGGCUAGGAUUCAGAUGAAAGGUACAGGGCAGCAGAAGCCAGCAGGGUCCAGUUGGAUUGAGCUUGAUGAUAUGGUUCAUGAGUUUACGGUUGGGGAUAGAAAGCACCCAAAAUCUACUAGAAUUUUUGAGAUGCUUGAUAAGUUAAGCCAUCAUAUCAAGCAAGUUGGCUAUGUUCCGAAGGUAGCUUGCUUGUAUAACGCCUAAGGCAAUGAACACUAAAGGUACUGAUUUCUCUCUUCUUCCUGCAAGAAAAAAUUGCAGCAUAUCAGAAUUUCAAAGCAUUGGGAUUUCAGAAGAAAUGGUUGUCUUUCAGUUACUUGCCUUCGAAACAGCAGAAAUUUAUUACAAUUAUUGGCUUCCAAUGGCUUCCAGUGGCUUCCAGUGGACAAUGCUGUUGAUAGAUUAAGCAAUCAAGACAAAAAUCUAAUUAUGCUGUACCGGAAGCUAUAUUCUGUAUAGAGAUCAAAGAGAUAGCAUGCCCUCCAAGGGGGCCAAAAAAAGUUUGAACAUUAUGGCUUUGCUGAUGCAGCUCCCUAUCUAAAAGCAAAAAAGUGAUAAAUUAUGAAAAGCAGCAUAAUGUAAGCUCUUUUCCAGGUGUUCAAGCGGAACAUAAUAAACCAUUAGCCACUGGAGAUCAUUAAGAACAGUCUCAAUCUUGCCCAUGAAGAGUCAAUCUGUGAGGAUCAAUAUGGCAACCAAACUUCUAUGAGCCUUGCAUACUCUUUGAUGAUAUUUGGGAAGACUACAAGUAAUAUCAAAUAUCUAUGGCUCCGGACCUAUUGACCUACAUGCCUUGUUAGGUCAUUGCUUGAAAUUUGCUUGUUUUUUUGCAUAUCGGCUGCAAUGACCUAACAAAUGUUAGAUGUUUUUGUAUAGAAGUGGCUGCUGUUGUCUAGCAAAUUCAAUGGCUCCUUUAUCAAAGACAUGGUCUUUGAUAUUCUUGGAGAAUAUUUUGUUUGUUAUGUAACAAUUUUUGUUGUUGCGUGUUACACAUUAGAAAAAGGAAGUUUAAGGGCAUAUACUGCUUCAUUAUGCUUCA